AUGUCUGAACCGCUCACCAUUGCAGUUGAUCCGGUGGCACUGGUGACCACCGAAUGUAUCACCGUCACCUCGUCCAUGCGGAAACAGGCUCGCUGGGCGCACUCCUCCGUCUCCGCGAUCCUGGGCGGCAAUGGGGGCUCACGGCUCUAUGAGCAAGACACCUCAACACCGUCCAGUCCACGCAAGAGUAGUCAAUCGUCCAGAAAUGGAGAGGAGGAUCAUGUGCUGGCCAGCCGAUGGGGACUUCGGGGGAAAAAGGGCAAGAGCUUGCAAGACAAUCCGUUGAUGUCGGCCUUCACCCGUCUCCGCAUUGAUCUCAAAGGUUGCAAGGACAUUCGAACAUUCGACACACCGGCCCUUCUGCAUCCAUUCCUCCAAGUCGUCCGCUCAUCCUCAACGUCGGCGGCGAUCACAUCUCUCGCAUUGGUCGCCAUUACCAAGUUUUUCUCUUACAAUAUCAUCAACCGAGACUCGCCCCGCCUGCCUCUGGCCAUGCAGUUGCUCUCCGCGGCGAUUACACAUUGUCGAUUUGAAGCAAGUGAUUCCUCUGCAGAUGAAAUAGUGCUGCUCCGUAUUCUAAAGCUUAUGGAAGGCAUGCUAUCUCGGCCAGAAGGCGAGUUACUGGGCGACGAAAGCGUCUGUGAAAUGAUGGAAACCGGGUUAAGCAUGUGCUGUCAAGGUCGACUGUCCGAGGUACUGCGAAGAUCCGCAGAGAUGGCCAUGGUCAAUAUGUGCCAGGUCAUAUUCAGGCGACUUUCACGCCUCAAUCAGCAGGCAACACCCGGCCCUGACCUGCUAACAGAUGAACGCAGCAGGCCAGACGGCUCGCAAUUGAAGAUGGAUCCAUCGGUGAAUGGCGACACUGUGACGUCUCAGCAUCAAUCGGCGAUCAGCUCGGAUACUGCAGGCCCAGAGCGUGUGGCAGUGACCCGUGAAGGUUCCUCAGAGCACAGACCUGGUGAGGAGACCGUCACUGCCACUGCGCGGCCUAUCUUGCAGGAUGAUCCUGACGUCGAGCCAAAGCCCUAUUCUUUGCCCUCAAUUCGAGAAUUGUUUCGUGUCUUAAUCGAUCUUCUCGAUCCCCACAACCGACAACAUACCGAUACCAUGAGGGUAAUGGCUCUUCGAAUCAUCGAUGUUGCUUUGGAAGUGGCUGGUCCGUCCAUUGCUCGACAUCCCAGCCUAGCUACGCUUGCCAAAGAUGAUCUUUGUCGUUAUCUUUUCCAGUUGGUCCGAUCAGAGCAGUUAGCCAUUCUCACUGGGUCCUUAAGAGUGGCUGGGACCUUACUGUCUACCUGUCGGUCUGUGUUGAAGCUGCAGCAGGAACUUUAUCUUUCCUAUCUAGUUGCCUGUCUCCAUCCGCGCGUCGAUAUUCCUCGCGAGCCGGGCAUUGAUCCCUCGCUCUACGAAGGGGUGCCCCGUGCGCCGAAGCUCGUCAAGCAGCCAUCAUCGCAGACGAACAGUGGACGAUCGACGCCCGUGCCCGUCAAGGAUCGGCAAAAGCUUGGCAUGGAAGGUGGCUCGCGACGACCGGAAGUUCGGGAAGCUAUGGUGGAAAGCUUAGGCUUGCUUCUGCGGAUUCCGAGCUUCAUGGUCGAAUUGUUUGUCAAUUAUGACUGUGAGGUUGACCGAGCAGAUCUAUGCGAGGACUUGAUUGGUCUUCUUUCACGCAAUGCCUUCCCCGAUUCUGCAACGUGGAGUACUACCAAUGUGCCUCCAUUAUGCCUUGACUCUUUAUUGGGCUAUGUCCAAUUCCUCUACGAUAGAAUGGACGAUGAGCCCAAUCAACGGGACUAUCCUCCGUUGGAGCGCCUCCGAACCCAGCGGCGAACGAAGAAGCUCAUUAUCAAGGGUGCGAAUCUUUUCAAUGAGGAUCCCAAGGCGGGAAUUGCCUACUUGGAGAGUCAUGGUAUUAUCGAGGAUGCAAAAAACCCAGUGCUUGUAGCCCGCUUUCUCAAAGGCACGGGUCGCUUGUCGAAGAAGGUCCUUGGCGAAUUCAUCUCGAAGCGUAACAAUGAGGAAUUGCUAGAUGCAUUUGUCGAUCUCCUGGACUUCUCCGGCAAAAACCCCGUGGAGGCUCUGCGAGAGCUGCUGAGCGCGUUCCGUCUGCCGGGCGAGUCGCAGCUGAUCGAGCGCAUCAUCACGACCUUUUCCCAAAUUUACAUGGAUAAGGUUCGAAAUGAGGCAAUCGCAGAUAAGGACGCGCUUUACGUUCUCACGUAUGCGAUCAUCAUGUUGAACACCGAUCUGUACAAUCCGAACGUCAAGGCGCAGAACCGAAUGACUUUCCUUUCCUUCUCAAGAAAUCUUCGGGGCGUCAACGACGGCAAGGAUUUCUCAGAAGAAUUUCUCCAAGAAAUUUAUGAUUCCAUCAAGGAUAAUGAGAUCAUUCUGCCUGACGAGCAUGAAAACAAACACGCGUUCGACUAUGCUUGGAAGGAGAUGUUGCUCAAAUCUUCGACCGCUGGGGAAAUUGUUGUAGGCGAGACCAACGUCUACGAUGCAGAGAUGUUUGAAGCAACUUGGAGGCCAGUCAUUGCAACCUUGUCUUAUGUUUUCAUGUCUGCAUCUGAUGAUGCCGUCUACUCCCGGGUGGUAAAUGGAUUUGACCAGUGCGCCCAGGUUGCAGCCCGCUAUGGUUUGACGGAGUGCUUCGACCGGAUCGUUUCUUCACUCGCGUCGAUCAGUACAUUGGCAACCGCCAACCCGCCCAGCACUGCUCUGAACACUGAAGUACAAGUGGGCAAGAAAAGCGUUAUGGUCAGUGAGCUAGCUGUCAAGUUUGGAAGAGACUUCAGAGCACAGUUGGCUACCGUGGUCCUCUUUCGAAUCCUUACCGGCAACGAGUCCACGCCGAAGCAAGCGUGGGAACCCGUUGUUCGCAUCCUCAGCAAUCUUUUCAUUAAUUCUCUGACUCCACCCUUCGACUCUCAAUUGAACGCGGAAUUGGACGUGCCGCCUAUUCCUCUUCAGCCGCCAUCGCAAGUCGUGGAUAGAGACGGCCGUACCAAUGAGACAGGUCUUCUCUCCGCGUUCACCUCUUAUCUCUCAAGUUAUGCAGCGGAUGACCCUCCAGAGCCUUCCGACGAGGAGCUCGAAAAUACGUUAUGCACUGUUGAUUGUGUCACGGCUUGUUCUAUUCCAAAAAUUUUGCACAAUAUCAAGUCCUUGCCUGUAUCCUCAUUGGAGCCCCUUGUCGGCGCCCUCUUGUCGCAACUUCCCGAGGAGAAUGCGCCCGCCGUCAUUGUGGUCAAACCCGAGCGUCCGAGCCAUGUACCCCGACCCUCGGGCUCCAGGGUUGAUCCUAACCGACCCAAAUACGAUCCAUCCAUGAUCUUUCUCCUGGAAUUAGCUACUGUUCUCACCCUCCGUGACGAGCAAACACUCUCCAUUCUCGGAGAAUCGAUGGCGACGACUCUGCAAACCUUCACCCGUGACGUGAAGAAUCUCCACCCUCUAACUAUAUCUCGUAUUCUUUCAUAUCUUCUGAACCUGCUCAGGCUCAGUCACAGCCAGCAUUUCCUUCGAGUUCCCGUCAUUCUCCACACCAUUUCUGGGUAUGAUCAGGAGAUUUUGGAGGCCGUUGCUGUGCCGACUAUCAAAGGCCUGUCGCGAUGCAUCUCCCAUACUGGUCGUCUGCGGAACGAAAUCACGAUUUCUCCUGACUUUUGGUCUGUCUUGCAACGUCUGCACCAGCAUGAGGAGGCUGCUCCUUUAGUCUUUGAGUUGCUUGAAAGCAUCAUAUACUCCAUGCCGGAUAUUGUCACGGCCGAUAAUUACGAACUAGUGAUGUCGCUUGCGAACGACUUUGUGACGGCUGGUCAUAUCGGCUCUAUUGAUGAGCGUCAGAGAGAUGCCCAUGCUCGACGAAGCAAGGGUGUCAAGCCACCGAAGGCGAGCGAGAAUACAUGCGUGACGAGAGCGAUCAAAUCGCUGGGCCUAAUAUAUCAUUUGACAGGGCGGGUUCCUGCGUUGGUCAAGCAGUCUCACCUUGAAGAGCGUGAAGCGUGGUCGGCGUACUGGUCGCCAAUCUUCGAAUCUCUUCGUGGACAAUGCACGAAUCCUUGCCGGGACGUUCGUCAUCACGCUAUCUCCACUCUGCAACGAGCCCUUUUAUCCGUGGACCUAAUCUCCGGUGACGACAAGGAGUGGAAUGCUCUCUUCGAUGACGUCCUUUUUCCGCUAGUCUUGCGUCUCCUUAAGCCCGAGGUUUACCACUCUGACCCCGUUGGUAUGGGUCAGACCAGGGUACAGGCUGCAACACUAAUCUGCAAGAUUUUCCUCCGGUUCCUGGAUCAGCUCCCCAAUCGGGAGGGCAUGCUUCCACUUUGGCUUCAAAUCUUGGAUAUCCUUGAUCGCAUGAUGAACAGCGGCCAAAGCGACAAUCUGGAAGAAGCGAUUCCCGAAAGUCUCAAGAACAUCUUACUUGUCAUGGCUGACGGUGGCUACUUGAUACCUCCAUCUCAGGAUGCAAGUAAAGAGCAUAUCUGGCUUGAGACUCAUAAGCGCCUGGAUCGAUUCCUACCGAAUCUCUUCGUAGAAGUCUUCCCUGAUGCAGAUAAGGAGCCAGGGAAGUUGCCAGUCGAGCCAGUCAUUGCGUCGCCAUCUCCACAAGAGGGUGUGAAUGUGGGCGGGUCUCAGGGAGAAACUUCGCUGCCACAAGAAACCGCUGCUGAACAUGAAAAUGAGGCUGGUUCACCUGUCACAGUGAACAACUAG